AUAUGAACCAACCCUUUAACUUUCUCACACUGGUUGAAGCUAAGGUGGAGUGCUUAGGGCUGCAGAGGAAAGUAUAGUAUAGUGAGUUUUACAAGUGUUUGUUCAGACAGUCAGGUAACGGAAGGCAAAAAAGAACUUGCCCAUAAUAGCUGAACAAAACUUUAUCAUUUAUUGCCCCCCACCAAAACACAGCGGACAUCCGUGCGUGUCAAUAGCAGAAUUACUUGUUAAGCGUGUGAUCCUAAUAUAAGGCCGAGGAUAGUUUUAAAAAAUGGAGUUACAGAUUUUGGUGCCCUUAGUGUUGGUUGUUUUUAAUCUAGGUUUAAUCGUGGGACAGACUGCCUCGCCAGGUUUAGCUUGUUCAGUUUACAGUAACACCAGUUGUGAAAUGUGCCUGAAGAAUGUUUCGUGUUUGUGGUGCAACUCGGACAAGAAGUGUAACGAUUACCCAGUGAGGACGAUCCUUCCUCCCAGGUCUCUGUGUGAGCUGCCCUCUGCCAGAUGGGGAGUCUGCUGGGUGGAUUUCCAGGCUCUGAUCAUCGCCAUGUCUGUGGUAUUAGGAGCUCUUCUGCUUGCUGUUCUCAUUUGCUGCUGUUGCUGCUGCAGGAAAAAGAAGGUUAGAGGACCUGAUAAAACUGAAGAAAAAAUCAACCGUCAGAACGAACAAAGGAAGAUCCGCCAGGAGGAAAGGAAAACUGAAAUGAAGGUCAGACAUGAUGAAAUCAGAAACAAGUAUGGGUUGACCAAGCAGAACCCUUACACCAAGUUUGAGAACAAUUAACUCCACUUAGUCAACAGUCUGAAAACUUCAUAAUCCUUUCCAAAAGUCAACAGAACAUUGAACCAAACCAGUGACUUUAAGCUAUUUCUCCCACAAACCAGAAAUUGUCAUGUAGGUAUUGCUAGAUCUAAAUUUCCACUUCAAGCAAACAAAGAAGCAGGCAUAGUCAAGGUGGGUUGUACGAUGGAAACUAAUUUCCAGCAUGAAAUAUUUCACUCUGUUCAUCUGUGCACAAGUUCACCAGUUUUAUACUAGAUGGCUUCUCUGGUGCAGUGGAUUUUAAUAUGUGUGUAUUAGAACAAAAAUAAGGUUGUUUUUCGAUGAUGGCUUGUCACAAGUGCCAGCUGUUAGAAUUAAAUAGGUUUUUGCUGCUUUGUGCUAAGAAGCAAGUUAGCGACAUUGUAGCUUACAUGUGUUUUUAAAUGUUCUUGGUUGAGAUUUAAAGCAUGUAAUAUAACCAGAAAAGCAUUUGGAACAGUUUACAAAUCGUUAAUUCUAUAUAAAACUACGAAAGAGUGGGAGAGAUCAAAGAAAAUAAAAAAAUCCAUUUAAAAGCAAAUAGGAGCAUGCACUGAAGCAGGACACCAGGGUGACUAUGUAGCACCAAAGGAGCAGUGCUGUGUAUAUAUAAAGUGUAAGCCUACAUUAGGUUUCUAAUAUACUAUUGACAAGAUAAUGUGGACCUGUUGAUAUAAAAUUUCUGUUUUUAAAGAAAGAAAUAGCUAAAGUCACUGUCUGGGUUUUUUUCAUACUUACCAAGAUUAUAAUAUCAAAAUCCAUGCUGAAUCUUUUUUUUUUUUUUUGAAAUUUUUUUCCAUAUGAAUAAGGUAAAAAGUGCUAAUGCUAAUAUAGAAAAAAAUAUAUAAAUAAAUUACAUCUUUAAGUUGGUUUGAGAAUAAUGCAACACAGUAAGUAAACUGAUGCAUCCUGGUACCAUUGCUGUUGGUCACAUGGUCUGAUUACAGCUCGACCAUUGAAGCGAGUUUCAGCUAAAGACAUGACGUGAUUAUGUAACCGAACAAUAACUUUUCUAUUGUGUACUUUUUUUAAAUAUUUGCAUAUUUCAAAUGAAAAUGUAAAAUACAAAGAAAAGGGGAAACCAGAGGCAUUACUUUUGCUAAAGUGUUUUUUUACAAACCAUAAUUAGCACUCCUUUAUGGUGUUGAUAUAUUGUAGCUUUCAUUUCUCUCUGUAAAAUUAAACGGGGGGGGGGGGGAUAUUAAGAAUGUGCAUUUUGGCUGGUGUGCAGCUGGGUUUCAUUUGCUGCUGUACCGCUUACAGUAAAGUGAUUUGUUUGAUAGUGGCAAAAGCAGUCGUCACUGAGUUCAUAGACAAAACAAAGAUGUAAUGUAACAACCUAGGCCAUAUUGUACAAGAUGUCCAAACUAUGAAUAGGAAACAGUGUUCAUUUAAAAUGUGUCAUUAUCAUUGUGUUUGAUAAACUUACUGUUAUUUCCUUUUGAUUUAGUUGUAAAGUGACACUAAUUGCGUGGAUUGUUUAAGUUGUGCAGCAGUAAGCCAGAAAGAUAUUGUGGUAACACAUUUAAAAUAGUCAUGUGAAACAUCAUCAGAACAGCUGCUAUUUCUAAAGUGGGGCUGUUGAAUUCAUUAGGAAUCUGUGAAUGUACAAUUCUUAUUUAUCUUCAUGGAAAGAAGGCAUUCUGUUGAAAUGCAUUUGUUACAAGAAUCUGUUUCACUCAAGGAACAGUAGCCAAGCAUGUAUUAUUGCUCAACUGUUGGAACCUUUUUUUAAGCAUUUUCAAGGAGUGAUAACCAAAGCUUUAACAUAUUUUGUUCCUGCCUCCCAUUUGCACUAGCAAGUGCAACAAUAGCCAUUUUCUUGUGCUAAUUUAUGAAGAUUUUAGAAAAACUAAAGCAGUGCCAUAGAUCAGGGCUUCUCAAAGUCAGUCCUGGGGACCCCCUGUGGCUGCUGCUUUUCAUUCCAACAGAGCUCUCAAUUAC